AUGGAGGAAGGAGGGAGUAGUCGUGAAGUAGAUGGUAGCAAGAAGAUAGGGAGAGGGAAGAUAGAGAUAAAAAGGAUAGAGAACACAACAAAUCGUCAAGUUACUUUCUGCAAACGACGCAAUGGUCUUCUCAAGAAAGCUUAUGAGCUCUCUGUCUUGUGUGAUGCAGAAGUUGCCCUCGUUAUCUUCUCAACUCGUGGCCGUCUCUACGAGUACGCCAACAACAGUGUGAGGGGUACAAUUGAAAGAUAUAAGAAAGCUUGCUCUGAUGCUGUUAACCCUCCUUCCGUCACCGAAGCUAAUACUCAGUACUAUCAGCAAGAAGCCUCUAAGCUUCGGAGACAGAUUCGGGACAUUCAGAAUUCAAACAGGCAUAUUGUUGGGGAAUCACUUGGUUCCUUGAACUUCAAGGAACUCAAAAACCUCGAAGGACGGCUUGAAAAAGGCAUUAGCCGUGUCCGAUCCAAAAAGAACGAUUUGUUAGUUGCAGAGAUAAAAUAUAUGCAGAAGAGAGAAAUGGAGUUGCAACACGAUAACAUGUACCUGCGAGCUAAGUUAGCUGAAGGAGCAAGGUUGAAUCCAGAACAGCAGGAAUCGAGUGUGAUACAAGGAACGGUGGUUUACGAAUCCGGUGUGUGUUCUCAUGAUCAGUCGCAGCAUUAUAAUCGGAACUAUAUUCCGGUGAAUCUUCUUGAACCGAAUCAGCAAUUCUCCAGCCAAGACCAACCUCCUCUUCAACUUGUUUAA